GCACGCGCCUCUGUCCGCGGCCCUGCGCACCGAGUGGCGCCUCGUCGACCCUCGCAACGCGACGGCGGCGGACUUCGAGUCGGCGGUGGCGCUGAUACCGCCCGACGACACGCUCCGGGCGCCUGCCAGGCUCAGCGCCCUCAUGGACAGGAUGCCCGCGGGUCGGUUGCUGCAGUGGUCGUUCACAGGAACAGAGCUGCUGAACAUGUCGGCAGUGCCUGGGCGCUUCGCCGUGUGCGACGUCCACCAAGGCGGGGUGUCCAUUCCCGAGUACGUCAUGGCAGCCGUGCUGUCGUGGAACAUCCAGCUUCCCCAAGUGGACGCUGAGUUUCGCAGCUGCACCUGGCACGCGGAGAACACAUGCCAGCCGACCACGUUGCACCGCUCCGCCAAGGGCCAGACGAUCGGGAUCGUGGGCUACGGGGUCAUAGGCACGGGCGUCGCGCUGCGCGCCGCGGCCUUCGGCAUGCGCGUGGUGGCGGUCACCUACCCGGUGCCUGCCUCCCCGCCCGCACCGCUGGCGUGGGUCGGUGGUGACGACAUGCUGCCGCAGCUGAUGGAGGAGGCCGACUUUGUUGUCGUCGCGUGCCCGCUCAAUGCCGCCACCAAGGGUCUGAUCGGCGCUUCGGCGAUCGCGCGCAUGAAGCCCCAGGGCGUCUUGGUGAAUAUCGCAAGGGGGGCGAUAGUUGACGAGGCGGCAUUGUUCCAAGCCCUCAGCGAGCGAAAGAUAGGCGGGGCGGUUCUGGACGUGUGGUGGAGGUCCUUUGCUUGGUUGAUGCCAGGGCAGAUGUGGCCCUCGGAGUACAACUUCAGUGCCCUGCCGAACGUCUGGAUGACCUCGCACAUGAGCGGGGCCACACAGGAGGCACAGGACGAGGACUACGUCCAGAUAGCGUCCAACUUCGACGCCCUGGCGACUGGUCAGGCGCUCAAGAACGUGAUCCGGAACGCAACUCACAGUAUGAGUUAUGAUUAUGAUAUUGACACUUCCAUGCUCAUGUAG